AACACACCUGGGGCUGAUAAAGUGCUGCCAGUGGACACCGGGAACAGUCACUAAACGGUGCCCGACGCGAACGGUUCCCUCCCCGAAGGGCUUCCACAGUAUCGGACCAGAAACUGCCCACGGAAGUGUAAGUUAAGCUGCACCACCAUGGAUCCCAGUAUUCUAGCAACCAUGGACCGUGACGCACUGAAAAAGCAGAUCGAAAACAUGAAGUACCAGGCCUCGAUGGAGCGAUGGCCGUUGUCGAAGAGUAUCGCAGCCAUGCGAGAGUACGUGGAGGAGAACGAAAAGAACGAUCCACUGAUUCACGCACCGGACAAGAAGAACAAUCCGUGGGCCGAAAAGGGCAAAUGUGUCAUCAUAUAAAACCGCGGACCGUUCGAUUCACCAGUUAGCUAUGCUGCCUCGUAACAUCAACGCAAGACAGAUCGUUGAGGCCACCGGUGUUCGAAAAGGACUCGCUCGGUCCGUUACGAUCCUGCAGUCCCCGGCAGCGUACCGAGAAACGAGUGAAUGAGGCAGUCGGAAUGAGUGAGAGAGUGACAGGGUUAGAGUGGCAAGCGGAAUACGCGAGGGUAUGGAGCAGAGCACAGAUCCAUGGCCAUGUUUCUUGUCACGCGGAGAUGGAUGAAAAUGAACCAAACGGAAAAAAAACAGAGUGAAGUUGGUUUCAACCCGAUCCCUCGGCGCCCUCGAACCCAAGUCCCCGAGAUCGAACUUCACCUAUACGAACACACAAUCAAACACACACAGACACAUCUGCACACAACUAUUUUGCAUUUCGCAAACACACGAAAAGCGCAACAGCAGCAGCCAUAGCGGCGUCACCCAUCCCAGCCACGGACCAUAAGACCUUCCGGGCGUCGAAAGGUAUCAGCGAGCGUGUUCAACAAGUUUUGCCCAUCCCCCCCAUGGCCCACGUGGCAGUGCGGAGCGGUGGUGGCCAGGAGGAAAAGCGUAAAGUAAAACAAGGAUCUAGUCAUAGUUUUCGGCAGCGUGCAGAACUCGAACGAGCCCGAGCUCCGGGAGCGGUGGAUAAGUUAACAGGCAGCAGAAGUUUUCUCUUUUAGUUCGUUCCGUUCCCGAACAUAAGAAGAAUGCCGUGUUGAUGGCGAUGAUGAUGAUGAUGUAGCCAGUGUCAAGAGUUCUCGACGAAGGCGACGGAAGUAUGCUCCUGUCAGCCGGCUAUCACUCAGUGGGCAGAUCGGGAGCACCUUCAUCAUCCAUGGUAGCCUGUUUCAUGUAAUUGAUCACUUCUUUUUCGGUUCAUCGCGGGUGCCGUUUCCGGUUCGGUAAACAACUUGAAACGACCUCCAGUGUGCUUGUUUGGCUCCGCACUUCGGGAAUAGUUUAACAAUUGUUUUUCUCACACAAAGCAUUAUACGGGGCCAUGAGUUUUGAUCUCCACGUUUUCUUUUUCCACCAACUUCGUCAAACGUCAAACAAUCACACAAGCUAGCACCGGUCCACCUCGGUCAAGGGGUCAAGCGAUUCAGGGAACAUCCUAAUCAAGUGUCACCAACACCUAUCGCAAUCGCACGGGGAGUGUUUCGGUAUGUUGUUUCGAUGUCAUUCUACUUGUAGCUAAAAUCAGUAAAAAAAGGCGACCCGCCAGCAGCAGUCGCUGUAGCAGCGGCGGAAUCGUUUUUAGCGACGCCAGUUUAAAUUCCAUGAUGAUAGUAACCAUUUAAAAGUAAAUUAUUAAUACAUUAAACGACCACUAAUCGUCGAACAAAACACAAACACACACAUACAACACGGAAUGCCGCGUUGGAAAGUACAGAAUAAAGAAAGCUGGAAAACCACAACCAAAUCGCUCACACUUUCGUUCGCUUUCGCAAGGUCCACCAAAGAGGUGUGUUUUAAAAAGAAACACAGUUACACUUCACACAUUUUGGUUCCAGCAUUUAAGGUUUCUCUCCGUAUGCGAGUUCCAUUUUUUUCUUGUCCACUGUGCAGUUGUGGACUUUUAAUUUUUCACUCAUAUCCGCGACAGCACUUUUGCUUGGCCCCAUUCUGGACCUCUAAUACUAACUAUGACCAAAAAGUACCAGCGGCACCACUCGUUACGGUGCGUUUCCAUUACGUCGUAUAGCAGCGAGCGAUAGGAUGUUAGCCUGCUCCACAUUACAUCAAUCAUUGAUAACUUUCAUGAACUUGUAACGAAACUACUUUAAAAAAUACUAAUUAAAAUAGAUACAUUUU